GGCCGCCCUCCCAAAGCGCUCAACAGUUUGGAGCUUUAAACAACAGAGCAGAAGUUCUCUGCAAACCUCAGGAUCCUCUGCAGCUCACUUCUAACAGGACUGCAAAAGACAAACACUUCCUAAGAGGACUUGCAGAAAGAAAAAGAUGAUUUUCGACAAGUUGAAAAAGUUUGACAUCGUCUUCGACUCCCCGGAGGUGGACUGUCCUCCGGUGUUCAGCAGCAGCGACGUGGUGUCCGGCCGGGUGGUGCUGGAGCUGACCGGGGAGAGCCGGGUGGACUCCCUCAAGCUCCACGCCGAAGGGUUCGCCAAAGUGCACUGGACCGAGUCCCGGUCCGCCGGAUCCAGCACCGCCUACACCCAGAACUACAGCGACGAAGUGGAGUACCUGAACCGCAGAGAGGUGCUGCUGCAGGCAGAUAACGGUGAAGUGACGGUUCUACCUGCAGGCAGACAUGAGUUUCCGUUCAGCUUCCAGCUGCCAGAAGAGACGCUGGUCACCUCCUUCGAGGGGAAACAUGGCAGCAUCCGUUACUGGGUCAAAGUUAAGCUACACAGGCCGUGGGCCACCGUUAAGAAAAUCAAGAAGGAGUUUACAGUCAUUGAGCCCAUCGACAUCAACACACCAGCUUUAUUGGCGCCGCAGGCUGGUACGAAGGAUAAGAUGGCACGGGCAUGGUACCGCAACUUUGGACAGGUGUCUGUAACCGCAAAGAUCGACCGCAAAGGCUACACACCAGGUGAGGUGAUCCCUGUCUUCGCCGAGUUCGACAACUCUACCUCCAGGUCAAUUGUGCCCAAAGCUUACAUCACCCAGACGCAGACGUUCAUCGCCCGCGGCACCAUGAAGCAGAAGCGCUCGGUGGUGGCCACGCUGUGCGGCGACAUUGUGGGCGCCAAAUGUCGGGAGACCUGGCACGGUCGCGCCAUCAAGAUCCCACCUGUGGGUCCAUCCAUCGUGCAGUGUCGCAUCAUCAAAGUGGAGUACAUGCUCAAGGUUUGCGUUGAUGUUCCCGGAACAUCCAAGCUGUGUCUGGAGCUGCCACUCGUCAUCGGCACCAUCCCCCUCCAUCCCUUCGGCAGCCGGACCUCCAGUGUCAGCAGCCAGUACAGCGUCAACCUGGAGUGGCUGCGCAUGGCCAUCCCCGAGCAGCCUGAGCCUCCUCCAGAUUACAGCUCUGUUGUGACAGAGGAGGAGGCCGAGCAGCGCAACAAUGCGGCGGUCCCACAGCAGGCCGAAGACCUAAGUGGGAUCCUGGAGCGACCCCUCAUGGCUUUUGUCCAAGAGUUUCGCUUCCGACCUCCACCAGUGUACAGCGAGAUUGACCCCAACCCUCAGCCCAUCAACAUGAGACCUCGCUGCAUGACGUGUUGAACCAUGAGCCCUGCCUGAGUGUCAAGCAGCUUAGUUACUGAAACAAAUCAAGAGAUUUGUCUUCUCCUGGAUUACUUCUCUCUGAUCCCUGGUCCCAACCAGUGUUGUGGAGAUGGACUGGAGCGCCUCAGAGAGGUCAGGAGACGGAGCUCACAGGAACUGGAUGUUAGUGGAGGAGCUGCCACUUGGUUUCCAGUCCAGUAAAGUGGAAACUUUCCUGUUCUGUUGAGAGAGAGAAGCAACUUCUCUGCAUCAGUUCCUGUCCUCCCCAAGUGAUUUUUUGGCUCCCGGUGAGGCGAGCUACAAAUACCUCCCAAUCAAUGAUUCCCUCGUUUGAAGACGUUUUUGAGAUUUAAGGAGACGGGACAUUUUGGGGGGGUUGAGAUCACUUGAUAUUUAUCAGGUGGACAGUUGGAGUUGUACCUGGUGUUCAAAUGUUUGAAAAAAAACAAAAGCGCUCUUGAUAAGUUGACAUGUUUAGAAGCACAUUGUCGUCUUUGAGUGGCGUGAAGACAGAAGUGCAAUUAUUGUCCUCAGAUUUGAACUUCCCUUUGCCUAGCAACACAACAACUUCCACUGCUAUGCAUUGUGUGAGUCAACUGCAGUGUGCCUGAGAUGAUUUCUACUGUUACUGAAGCACAUACUGUAUGUAAAGGUGUGAUGGUGGAACAGAAAUAAGAACAUGUAGAUGUAUUUUAUGCAUGCAGGUAACAAUAUGUAAAAGGGAAAAUAUGUAUGCCUUAAUUAUAUGCAGUUGAGGAUUGCAUGAGAGUUUCAGGGAGUUGUUCUCUCGGAGAGCUGGAUAGAGCUGAAUGUAUUGUGAAAGAACUUAGAACAAAAACGGUUGGAUUGUAUGUGGAUAAAUUCCAAGAGCUGUGUUGUUUUAAUGCGUGGCUCAAGGCACUGAAGCGUAAGAUAGCUGUGGUAGUCGACUUCAGUGAUAAAAUAGGAUGUUGCAGUUUGCUUCUAAAACUGCACGAAGCUCAUAGAUCAGCUCUCCCAGCUGCUAAACAAGAGGAGGAGGGGAGGAGAUGGAGACCCCUGAGCCAUGUGGACUGUGAUGGGAGCCAGAUGCCUCGGUGCUGUGGGGUCGAGCCUAAAGCUGGAGGUGCCACUGAAAUGUAGGGACAAAGAACAUUCCAAAAACUGACUCGUGGAUUAUGUUUUCUCCUCAACUUCCAAAAAAGACUGUCAGGAGUAUCAGAGAAGUCUUCAGGGUCAGCUGUGCAACUUCAGUGGCAACGCACUGAAAAAAACGAAUGUAUUUUUAUACAAAUGCAAUUGUUGAUUCACAAUCUUGCCAAAGUUUUGUAAUUGUCUUUUGUAAUAAAUACAAAAAAAAUAUG